AGCGACCCAGCAACCCAAAACGAAACCAGCGAUCCUUAAUCCUCACAGAUAAACAACCCCGGACUCAACUCCCCCGGCAUCCAAAUCUGCAACUCCAACCUCCCCUCCCCUCUCUCCCCAUUAGCGUGCAGAUCUGUCCACCCGCCGUUUUGGAUCGCCGCGGAUCGGAUUUAUGCAGUCUCACUGCUGCCAGCGCCAGCCAUGCCGCGCAGCUUGGGAGGGGAGGGCAGCUUGAGCAGUCUCGGCCGGGAGGAGGAGGGGGGGUCGGCCCGCGCCGGGGCUGGGCGGCAAUGUCCAGCAUGUCGGACUCGGGGGGCGGCGGCCGCGCGGGCGCGGAGCUGAUGGCGGAGCAGUUCCACCUCAAGGUGCUGCACGCCGUCCUCGCCGUGCGCGCGCCGCGCCCGCUCGCCGCGCCGGCGCCGGCGGCCGCCUCGGCGUCCUUCCGCCGGCGCGACAGGUGGUUCCACCUCCCGCUCCACGACCCGCCGCCGCCCCCCUCGGCCGAGCGCCUGGAGGCGCCGCCCCCCGGGGAGCCGCUCGUCGUGGACAUCCACCUGGCCCCCGCCGGCUGCGGGGGAGCGGGCGGGGAGGUGGUCGAGAGGUGGACGGUCGCGUGCGAGCCCUGGCCGGACGCUGCGGCGGCCGGCGAGGGGAUGGCCGUGAACCGGGCGUACAAGCGGUGCAUGACCCUGCUGAGGUCGGUGUACACCACGCUCCGCCUGCUCCCCGCCUACCGCGUCUUCCGUCUCCUCUGCGCCAACCAGUCGUACAACUACGAGAUGGGCUACACCGUCGGCUCCUUCGCCGUGCCUUUCUCACGCGCGCAGGAGUCUGACAUGCGCUCCCACCGCUUCGUCCCCGUUGACACCCAGCCCGGCCGUCUCGUCGUCUCCGUCCAGUACCUAUCCAGUCUCGCCGCGUUCAACCUGGAGAUCUCCUCCCUCUCCCCCUCCAUGCUGAUCACCAACUACGUGGGCAGCCCAGCAGCUGAGCCCAUGCGCAACUUCCCUUCUUCGCUCACGGAGGCCACAGGCUGCGCUUUCCCCCAGUCCUAUCAGCAGCAGCGUCCGCACAGCUGGGCGCCGCCUGCGCUCUGGCCGCUCGCCCCAGCGCAGCAGACGAGAUUUUCGCCACCGCCGUUGCACUACGCGUCACCAACUCCAUCGCCCCCCAAUUUUCCUGGUGGGUACCUGCAGUCGCCUCUGAGGGGGGAGUCUGCACCGGUGACCAUACCCGGCGUGAGAAGGAGCCCCGUGCACCGUCAGAGCAUGCUGGACCCGGUUAAAGGUUUAAUGCUGCCACCGCCAUCCCCGAGGAGAGGAGACAAGGGAACAGCAGGUUCACAAGAGUCCCCAUCAGAUAUCAGCCGGUCAUUCGGAAGGCCAGAAGGACUUCGGAUGGGGGAUCCAUAUGGCAGCUCGUCACCAGGAUCCAAGGGUAAGGAUAGUCGGGAUGAAUCUGGCCGAUUCUCUGCACUCUCCUCUUGUGAUUCACCACGGCAAGAUGAUCUGGAUGAGGCAGAUUAUCCUUUUGCAGUGGAUGAUGUCGAUCCACCAAUCUCCAGACCUGGGAGCAGUGAUGGAAAGGAGGCUGGAGAUCAGGCAGGCUCAUCAUCCCAUAAAUCACAAGACGCUGCAGUUGGUUCUCUGGUUCACUUGCUGAGAACUGCACGCCCUCUGCGAGAUUCUAGCUAUUCUUCUCAAACGUCAGGGGCCGAGUCUAACACUGUAGCCUCGACCAGUUCUGUCAUGUCCCGCAGGACAUCUGAUGCACUCGAGGAGCUGCAGUCUUUCAAAGCAAUCAGGGAGAGACUGCUGUCCGGGAGUAGAGCGAAAGAGCGUGACUCGCCGGAGAAGCCAUAGCGUCAUUCUUUCCUUGUUUCUCUUAACUUCACACCGGAGAUCAGAUCUCUAAGACAGAACAGGCCAUGCUGUGAGCCCAGCGAUAUUUUGUUGGGGCGUUUGUAUAUAUAACUGAUGAAUUGAUAUGCUCUUAGUCGAAGAUAAGAUACAGGCCUCAAUUGAUUUCAGCGAGGGUGUAUCUCUCGCCAUUCUUGAACCCUAGAAGGACCGUUAUCCCGCCGCUGUUUAUAUGCUCUUGUAUACCUGGGAAGUAAGGUCAGUACAACACGUAGGUGUGAGCCUUGGCCGAACGUAGUGCUGUUUGCACUGCGUGCGUAUGUAAAUUAUAUGUACCUGUACUGCUGAAGCCAAACUGUUCAGUAAACAUCAAUGUUAAGUAUUGCUUGCACUUGA